AUGAAAUUCUUAUCGCUAGAUGGCGUUCAUUCAAUUGGCAAGCACAGUAAGAACAGCAUUGGCGACUGUCUCUUCGCUAGGAAAUUUCGUGAUAACAGAAAACGAAACCGAUACUGCAACAUCGAAAUGCAUCUAUCCCCUGUUUGCCAUUAUGCUAUUAGAUUGUCAUUGAAUCAGAGUGCUGGUUCAUCGAUAUUUCGUAAAAGCGUACAAGAACGUGGCACAAUGACAUCCGCAGUGUUCCUAGCAACAAUUGGACUAUCAUUGAGCAUGUUUUCGUUGAAACAAAUGCAAGCGUGCACACAAACACGUCGAAGAUGCCAUUAGGAAAAUAUGUUUGUCAACAAUCAUAUCUACGCAACAGACAGAGAGAGAGAGAGAGAGAAAGAAAGAGACAGAUAAAAGCGAGCAAUCAAUCCUUGGCAUCGAUGCAAAAAAGAAUAAAAGAAUUAUUUUAGAUCGUUCUUAUAGAUUCGUAUUAUUCGACAAUUCGAUAAGAAAAAAUUCCUAUUUGAAUCGUCCUGUCAAGUAGCGAAUAAAAUUAUUAGAUACAUAAAAAAGAAAAAAGAAAAAGUAAAAAAUCACAAUUUUUUAUCCUAGAUUUAAUAAUAAUAAUAAUAAUAAUAAUAAUAAUAAUAAUAAUGAUGAUGAUGAUGCUGAUGAUGAUGAUGAUAAUUAUUGUUAUUAGAUAAUAUAGGUCGCAAUUGAAGGUAUUUUGAUUUCAAUUUCAUUAGUAUAAAAUAUUUGUACACGUAAUAAUAAUAAUAAUAAUAAUAAUAAUGCACGUUAUAAGACUUAUUAUCGGAUCUUUCGAUUAUGUCGAAUUAAUUAGCUGGUAUAGGAUUAGAGAUAAAGAGAGAGGAAGAUCUAAUUUUUCACGUUGAAAUCACUCUUACAAAUUUUCUCAAUCUUCUCGUUGAAAUAGAAAUUAUUAUAUGCAUGCAUACAAAUAUAUAUUUAUGUAUAUAUACAUACACAUAUAUAUACACACAUAUAAAAUUAAACGAAAUGAACUGUUACAAAAACAACAUGGGAUCGAUUUAAAAUUUUUUGUAAACUAUGCUCGGUGGAUACAAAAAUCUCUCUGUUUAUAUUAUCUAAAAUAAUCAUUGUUCGUAUUCAUUCAUUUAUUCUUCACACAAUAAUCAGAAAUAAAUAAGAAAAUUAUAUCGUCCAUUUUCAUUAUUCGUUAAUAUUGUAAUCAAAUUAAUUGCGGAAAGAAAUAUUAUAUAAUAACGUUAAUUUGUAUUUUGAUAUUACGCCAAUUUGUGCCAUCUUUUUUCUUGUUUCUUUUCGUUUUUAUUAUUUUUUUUUUCUUUUUCUUUUCUUUUCUUUUACUUAAAUAAUAAGUCACGAUAGGACCGCCGAUUCCAUUAGAAGAAGAAACGAAAGAAUGGAAAAAAAAGAAACAAAUAUAACUUAUCUUUUAUUUGCACGCGAUAUCAUCUAGAUUUUAUUAAAUGCAACAAUCCAUGUAUACUCGUCUAUAUAUAAUUUUACGAUCUAUGAUAUAUCAAAAAUUGUACAAUAGUAAUCAUAGUGACAUAGUUAUGUACGAUUGUUGAUAAAAAAUGUUUGAUCUA